AUGGACCGUAAUUCUCUUCUGCUUUGCAUCAUUUUAACAUACUGGACAUCAAAAUGUGGGAGCCACUCCCCACUCGUUGCUUUAAAAACUAACAUUAACGUAGACAUCGUCUGCCUGAGGGAAACACGCGGCACCGACUGGAUCAUUUCCUACUUCCGUAGAAACUUCAAGACUCGGAACUGGUGUGGCAACUGGCUCCAGCACUUCGACCUCCUGAACGCAAGUGCGGUCUACGAUCAAGAAACAUUGGUCGUCUUGCCGAGUCACAUUUUGAGGCGAGGCAUUCUGCAUCUGAUCACUUCAAAGAUAUAUAACUUUCCUCUGACCACGUGGAUCAUUAUGGACAAUCACUGGAAUCCUCUCGUUGAUGUGGCAUCAUCGCAUGAACUUUUCUGCAGAGCCGUCGCUGUCCGGCAGUACUCCGCCUCUAUCGCUAAAGAUCGCUUUUGGAACUGCAAGUCACGGCGCACGAUCAACAAGAGAGAACUGCUGUGCGACCUUUUGCUGGAGAAGAAGCGAUUAUUCGAUUGGACUAGAUUGCGUUCGAGGCCACUGAAGGUAGGAUGCACGCCUGACGGUGGGCCCAACGCCUCAUGUAGGUAUGGUAACGUAAGUGCGAUCACGGAUCUUCUGGAACACUGGAACGUCAGCUACGAGAUGGUCGUAGUCGGAGAUCACAAUUGGAUGCGUAAGCUUUUGUUGAAGCGGAUCGACGUCUUGGACGCGAACAUUGUCCUCUUGGAGUACCGCCGAUCUCGCAUCUUCUAUCCUGCCUUCCUGUUCGACGAUCAGGCGGUGUACUACGUCGGAGCAAAGGCCACAUGGCAGAACGGCAUGCACCUGAAUUUCACGCUUGCCGAGUUUCUAGUUCUACUAUUGGCCGCAGCGGGUGUUUGCCUCGUGUGCUUUUGCUUCAUCAACUAUCGCGACCGCAGACCUCUUGGAUUUGACAUCGGAGACAUCGCUAUGGUUUUCGUGGCUUCAGUGCUUUCUUUCUCUUACCCCGUUCCAAGUUCAUUUGAGAGAUCGAAUUUCGGUCGCACUGUCCUCUUUUACUGGAUACUGGGAGGGACGUCCUUAGCGAUAUCCUUCCAGAGCCUCUUGACGUCGAGCGCUACUCACGGCGUCUCCUGGGAAGCCGACGACACGCAAGAAAAGUUGGUCCCGAAUCUUGUGGCUGGAACUGUGUCGGUGUGCGUGCAACGGUUCCACAUCCACGGGUUCCUGCUCGAACAGAGAGUGAACGACUCGGACUUCUUGGGACACAUGGCAAGGGCCUUCAGGCGCAACCCGACCAUUGUGGCGACUGUCGAAGAAUGCCUCGACCGCGCCGUAAGAAGGACCCACGUGUUUUUCACGGCUGUCCGCGGGGCCACUGAGCUACAUAAGUACGGGAGGAAGAUCGUUCGUGGAAAAGAGGCCAUGGUGCCCUCGUUCGGCAGCACUCCCGUCAGGAAGGACUUCCCGCUGAGGCACGAGUUCGCAGCUGUGUAUCGAAGGUUCGAUGAGACCGGUGUCAGGUCGUACCGACCCCAAUUUGAGGGAUGGAAGCGGUCGACAGCUGAAGAGUCGGCGGUUCCUUUGGAUGUGCGACCAUUCAUCAUCUUGUACCUUGCCGGGUGCGUCGCUGCGGCAGUGGUUCUCGCACUUGAGUGGUUGACGUUGCUGACCCACUUUUGA